AUGCUCUCACGCAUGUCACUUCCAAAGGGUCAUCUCCGACUAGGAUCCAUCAAGCAUGUCGCGUCACAAGCUUCGGCUACGCCUUUGAGGCCCACGCCCUUUACUACCUUCCUCUUCAAACGAGACCUACACACUGCACUCUUUUUCCCAGGACAUGGUGUACAAAGGGUCGGCAUGGCUAAUGCCUGGAUUGAAGCCUUCCCCCAUACCGCAGCGAAGGUUUUGGACGAAAUGGACAGCACCCUCGGGUUCAAAUUGUCUAGCAUUAUAUCCGAUGGCCCCAACUCCGAGCUGAACAUGACGGAAAACUCACAACCCGCAAUCAUGGCAAUCUCAGUCCUGAUACUUCGUAUUUUGGAGGACGAGGAGUUCUCCGCGUUGGUUGCCGGAGGGUCUCUUGAAUUUCGAGAUGCUCUUCAAUUAGUUCGUCGCCGGGCUGAAAUAAUGGCCCAGUGCACGCGGCGGUUAACCGAGAAAUCCGGUGAAACCUUUGGCAUGGUUGCGCUCCUGUGUGAGCCCGAACACCUGGAAGGCUUACUGCGAGCGGUGGAAGAAUUUCUUGGCCUCGAAUCUCCGGGUAUCGAGACUGAGGGAUCCCAUCGAAUCCCCGCAUGUCAACAAGUGGUGGUUGCAAAUAUCAACUCGAAGAAUCAAAUCGUGUUAAGCGGCAGUCUUGACCGAAUCAAGAUCCUUUUAGUCCAGCUGCGCCAAUUUGGAGGUCAUGACCCACGGGCUGUCAGACUGAAAAGCGACAGUCCAUUUCAUAGCCCUGCUAUGGCGCUAGCUGCAGAUUAUAUGAGAGAUGCGAUGGAGAAAAUCAACAUAACGUUUCCAGCUUCAGUCCCAUGCGUUUCAAACGUUUCUGCCUUGCCAUUCAGGUCUGAAGAAGACCUCAAGGAUCUUCUUUCAAGACAAUGCACUGAUACAGUGAGAUGGUGGGAUAGCAUCCGUUAUCUCCAUCAGGAACGAGGUGUCAAACGGUGGAUCGGAAUUGGUCCAGGAAAGGUUGGCAGGAAUUUGGUGGGCAAAGAGGUUGGCAGGGUGGAUACCAAAGGUGGUGGAGUAUGGGCUAUCUGUGACCCUCGUGAGAUGUCGGAGAUUAUGAUGUCGUUGGAGCAGACCGAGAUCGAGGUUCAAGGCUCGAAUAACUAG